CGCAAGAGACACACAGACCGACAAAAUGGCUUCACUACGACCGUCGUUUUUGUUGCUGUCAAUUAUUCCCACAAUACUUAUAUUGUGUGCUGAUUUUGCGUGUUGCAACACUGGCAGAAGGACUGGUGAUGGAAUGGACACAGACUUCAGUGGAUUCUCUGUGCCUCUUGAGCAUUCCUUUGAAGUUGAUGAUGUGUCUCGGUUCCGUGUGCGUGGAGCUCUGCAGUUGAGGGGCGGGAGGGAGACCAGUGUGUCCCUCUCCCAGAGCCAGCUAUCAGAGGAGGACAGGAACACUCUGAAGGAAGUGGCUGCUGUGGAUGGUCUGUACAAAAUCAGAGUGCCCAGAGUGUCUUUGUCGACUGACAGGCAGACAGAGCGCCAGAUGGAUGGCUACCUGACGGCGUUUGUCAGAGCGUGCUCUUUGGUUGAGUCCCACCUCAGCGAUGUCAUCACCCUCCACACUGAUGUCUCUGGCUACCUCAUCGGCGUUUCCAUAGUGACCAUUCCAGGCGCGUGUCGGGGGACAGAGGUGGAAGAUGAAGUUGAUCUGGAGGCCUUUAACACUACGCUGACCGUCAUAGCGCCUACCAAUGCACCCCAGCCGGAGACUGCUCUGUUUAUUGAGCGCAUGGACAUAGAACAUGAAAAGAGAGGGAAGCCACAGGAGCAGAAAUCCUUCUUUGCCAAAUAUUGGAUGUACAUUGUUCCCCUCGUUCUCUUCCUGAUGAUGUCAGGAGCUCAGGAUCAGUCCGGGGGUGGAGCAGCUAAUGGAGGAGGCCGAUGAUCGCCAUGCCAACAAGAUUUAUGUGGAGCAAUUUCUUCUAGUUGUACAUAAUUAUGUAGAGAAAUGCACUCGCACACCAUUCAACACACUGUUACACAUAAUUAGACUAAUAUGGACAGAUGAGCUAACCUUGAGAACGUAUGUCAUGAACUUCAUUUUUAGUAUUGAUGUGAUGGGAGAAAUAAAGUAUUUAUUACUACCUGA